UUACAAUCUACACCAGCAUCAAUGAAGUCAUUACCUCACAUAGCAAUUGGGCAAAACUUCUGUGUUUAGGACUACUCCUAACUGAUAAGGAGAGGUGAUCUGCAGCUGCUUGAAAAGGUGAAGUCCCAGCAAUAAUGGGUCGACACUUAAAGAAGGCUUUCUUGGUAAGAUUCUUGGUUCUUGCCCUGAAUAGUGCAUGUGUGGCUCCGAUGACUAAUUUUACAGAAGGUCUCAAACCCCUUGACACCACAAAGGAAGAAUACAACAUUACAGGUGCUCCCAAACUACUUGGCACCACAGAGGAAGAAUACGUUACGGGUGCUCCCAAACCACUUGGCACCACCGAGGAAGAAUACAUUACGGAUGGUCCCGAACUGCUUGGCACCACCGAGGAAGAAUACGUUACGGAUGGUCCUGAACUGCUUGACACCAUGGAGGAAGGAUAUGUUAUGGAUGCUCCCGAACUGCCUGACACCACGAAGGAAAAAUACGUUACGGAUGCUCCUGAACUGCCUGACACCACGGAGGAAGAAUAUGUUACGGAUGCUCCUGAACUACUUGGCGCCAUAGAGGAAGAAUACGUUAGGGGUGCUCCCGAACUGCUUGACACCACCAGGAAGGAAAACUUUACAGAUGCUGAUUCACAAGCUAAUGGUCAGCUUCCAAAGAAAAGCAAAAGUUGCAGUGGACCUUACAUUUGGUUAGUUAUCAUAGGCAUUUUAACCAUCCUCUGUACGAUUCUGUUGGUAUCAACAAUUGCCUUUGCCUAUCAAGCAUCAAAUCUCAAGAAACGACUGAGAAAACGAUCAGUAAGAAGCAAUUCUGACUUCAUUAAAACAGCCAGCCUCUGGUCGAAUGGUGCUAGGCAAGUGCCAGAAGAGUCAGCAGAAACCAACGUCAUGCUCGAAGAAGUCAGACCUCUGAAAGAUGAGGUUGAAGCCAAGCUCUCAUAGAGCCUCAAAGUCCAGUUGAGGCAAAAAUACAGUAAAGUUAGCUGCAAAAGCUAGCAAACCAGACUAACCUCUGUGGAAACAGGUAUUGUUUGCAGGUAUUAAAUGUACUAAUUUGCCACAGAGACACUCAUGAGUACUAAAUACAAAUUAAAGAAAUUCAGUCAAAUUAUCAAGGGCCACUUAGCCAUAUCGUCAGGAAUAAACUACUUCCAUAUGCCAUCUGAUUACUUUCAUGAAUAAUUCCACAACUCAAAAUUCCCACAUUCAUUGUAAGUGCACUACUAAGAAUGUGGAUGAAGAGGAUAACUGAAAAAGAGAUCACAAAGCUGGCUUGACAAACUUGUAAUCACAUUUCAUAAUAUGGGAAGACUGGCAGGGAUCAAUGUAAAAUGAACAAACUUAGAAGACAUAAUGAACUGUUUCUGUUUGCAAUUUUCCAUUUUUUAAGGAAGAUACCUGUACAAAGCAGUGUGAGAGUAAAGUAAUAAGGUAACCUAUUUUGUACAGCACCUUAUGAAAUUCCAAACCACUUUAUACCCAACUGUGUAUGUGCAUUGUAUCUUGGGGAAACUGUCUGAAGAUAAUAAGAGAAAUGCAGAAACAAUCAACACACCCUGGAGCAUCUGUGAACAGAGAAACAGAGUUCAUGUUUCAUGUCGAAGAACCAGCAGCAGAACUUUAUUUCAGAUUUUCAGCACGGGCAGUUAUUUGAUUUUUAAAGAGUUUAAGUAUGGUUUCCAAGUCUUUCUUGCUCCAAGGAAGUUGUACAAAUGGUGUCAAUAUUGAUUGAGUGAGGAACUUUAUGGAUAUGGUAGCUGUGACAUUUACUCUGUACUGUUAUUGUUUUUGUACCUGUACUACAUCAAUGCACUCUGUACUAACCCAAUGUAACUGCACUGUGUAAUGAAUUGAUCUGUAUGAUCGGUUUGCAAGACAAGUUUUUCACUGUACCCCUGUACAAGUGACAAUAAUAAACCAAUACACCAUUGUUAUUUUAUGUUGC